AUGAUGCAGCCAACAUCAUCUGCAAGCACCGAUCACAUUGAUGCCAACUCGGUUCAACUGACAGUGCAGAUGUUGAAGAAGAAAGCGCAGGUUACGGUGGAGAUUCGGGUCAACUCGACCGUCCAGGAUCUGCGAGCGGCAGCUGCUGACAAACUUAAACUUUCGUGCCCUGGCUACCUGAUGCUCAUCUUCAACAACGAGCAGCUUGCUGACCAUCAGCAUAUCAAUCAACUCGGUCUGACUUCAGACAGUUUUAUUAUCGGGAAAAGAUGCUUUCAGCGGGGUGAGUUGAUGGGGAAAUUUGAGAUAGAUCCUACUUCACUUGACCCAAAAUAUGACUACGAUCUGACCAGGGAGACCAAGCCUUUAGUUGGAAAGACCUUCAUGAGGGGUCAGUACCAAUACGAGCCUCCGUACGGCUGGAUGCGGACGGCUUUAAAGGUCGUCGACGAGUACGAAGACAAUACAUGGCUUGGCCCGGAUGGAAUCCGGUCUGAGACAGCCACCGGCGAGUGGCCGGUGUCCUACCACGGAACGUCGAAACGGAACCUCCGUGGAAUCGUCCAGGACGGCUUCAAAAUCGGACCAAGAGAUCGGUUCGGCCCAGCUAUAUACAGCAGUCCAUCCUUGGAGAACGUUGCUAACUAUUACGCCUCGACGUUCACGUACCAAGGGAAGAGUUACUCACUCGCUCUGCAGAACAGGGUUAACCCGGAACAUUUGACCGUCUACGAGCCCGUUGUGACCGGUCUACCUGGUUUCCCGUACUGGUUGUCCCCACAGCAAGAUCCGGAUCACGGAGGAUAUCACGUACGACCAUACGGGAUUCUCACGCGUGAGGUUCGGGCUACUCCGGGUAGUAGCUGGUUCGACUAUUUCUUGUCAUAUUUUGAUUAG